AUGUUCGCUUCGAGGACUACUGCUCGACUUGGGCGCUGGAGGGGUGCACGCUUGCCUCGCGCGCGCUAUCUUCAUGACCUCCACAGGCACCCCCAGAGCAGGUUCUUGCAGGUAUCAGAGGAGGUCCGUGAUGCCGUUGCGACAGGCAAGCCAGUUGUCGCUCUUGAGACGACAAUCUAUACUCACGGCUUUCCAUAUCCUGAGAACAUAGCUCUCGCUGAGCUUCUAGAAUCAGUUGUCCGCGAGAAUGGCGGUGUCCCUGCCACUAUUGGUAUUCUCGGAGGCAUUGCUCGAGUAGGAUUGACUGCAGAAGAGAUGGUUGAGCUGGCCUCAACCGCAGAGCAGAAGACUGCUUUGAAAGUCUCUCGUCGGGACCUUGGAUACAUCUGUGGCUUGGGCAUGGCUGGGAAGAAGAUCCAUGGCGGCACAACUAUUUCUGGCACAAUGAUUCUUUCAGAGCUUGCUGGUAUCAAGAUCUUUGGUACUGGAGGACUAGGUGGUGUCCACCGCGGAGGCGAGAACUCUAUGGAUAUUUCCGCAACUAAGAUCGUCCCUCUAGCUGAUCUGACGGAGCUGGGACGUACUCCCGUGACGGUCAUUAGUUCCGGAUGCAAGAGCUUCCUUGACAUCCCCCGCACGCUUGAGUAUCUCGAGACUGAGGGGGUCUGCGUGGGUACUUUUGCUGAUGGCCGCGAGGGAUCGGUCGAUUUCCCCGCUUUCUUCACGCGGGACAGCGGCAUCCGCAGCCCGCGGGUCAUUCAGGAUGAGGCUGAAGCCGCCGCCAUUGUUUAUGCGCAAUCAAAGCUUCCAGUUCAAUCUGGUAUCCACUUUGCCAACCCAGUGCCACGGGAGGCGUCCGUCUCCAAGCCGGAGAUGGACCGUAUCAUCGAAGAGGCCGUGCGUCUCGCUGAUGUAGAAGGCUACAAAGGCAGUGAUAACACUCCCUUUAUUCUGGGUAAAAUAAAGGAGCUUAGCGGUGGGAAGAGUGUGGUCGCUAAUCGCGCUUUGGUCGAGUCUAAUGUCAAGCGCGCAACGCGGGUGGCUGUGGAGCUGGCCAAGCUCGAGAACCUUGACCGGGGAUCUGCGGCUCGACACAUGCCCGCUAUCCCGAGUAUUGUUCGAUCAGACACUGCCAAGGACACUCCAAAGCCAAGCGAACCUCCUAUCAAGGCAGAGGCAUCCCCUGACCUACCGGUCAAAGCAGAUGUUUUGAUAGCUGGCUCCCUCGCAAUCGAUCUGUCUUGUGACUAUACACCCUUCGGCUCGGAGCUUGCCCAGGUUGCGCCCGUGCCACACACAUCCAAUCCUGCAGUCAUCGGACAAAGCCUCGGCGGCGUAGGCCACAACGUCGCAGUGGCAGCCAGCUACGUUGGCAGCGAGGUUCUAUUCUGCAGUGUGGUUGCAGAUGACCUGAGUGGUCGAGCAGCCCUUGCGUCCCUCGAAAAAGAAGGGCUCAGCAACGCAGGUAUCCAAGUUUUACCCGCGACAUCAGGCACACGAACAGCACAAUACGUGGCCAUCAACGAUGCUAAAAAGGAUCUUCUCGUUGCCAUGGCCGACAUGGGCAUUGUUGAGCUACCAGAACACCAGCUCGACUUUGACGGAUUCUUGGAACCUCUGAUUGAACGCACAAAGCCGCGCUGGGUCGUCGUCGACGCAAACUGGCGCCCCGAAGUUCUGGCCAAGUGGACUUCUUUGGCUCGCAAGCAUGGCGCUCGUGUGGCAUUCGAGCCUGUAUCAACUGCCAAAUCGCGCCGCCUGUUUGGUCGUGACACCAGCGGUGCUGAUGCGGCUAUUGGUCCUACGCAGACAGUGCCCAACAAUGCCAUCAGCCUAGCUUGCCCUAACAAACUUGAGUUGUCGACGAUGUACAUGGCCGCACGCGAGGCACUUCUCUUCGACUCACCCAGCUGGUGGUCUAUCAUCGAUGCCAUGGGUCUUUCACCAACUGGUUCACGCGAGCGUCUUGUGAUGACUACCUCAGCCAAGCUGGUGGAUGAGGGUCUACCACAGCAGUCCAUUCAGCUGCUCCCCUUCAUUCCCUGCAUCAUCACCAAACUAGGUGCAGAGGGUGCUCUUCUAACCCAACUCCUGCCACCUAAUGAUCCGCGACUGACGGAUCCCGAAUCCGCACCUUAUAUCCUGUCUCGCGCUUCCUCGGCUGAGGUGCGAUUUGGCGGUGUUUACAUGCGUCUCUUCCCACCUGCUGCUAAACUGACACCCGAGGAGGUUGUCAGCGUAAAUGGUGCUGGCGAUACCCUGCUGGGUGUUACGGUUGCCGGCCUCGCGAAAUCUGCCUCGCCUGCGCGCGUCGAGGAUAUUCUUCCCGUGGCGCAGGAGGCGAGUCGGAGAACCUUGAUGAGUGCUGGCGGUGUGAGCAAGGGCCUGGUAGGGUUACGAGCUAAGCUGGGGUCUAUCGCAUAG